AUGGCCUCAGAGGAACAGCUCGUGUCUGAUCUCAGGCUGGUUCUGGUUGGGAAGACUGGAGAAGGAAAGAGUUCCAGUGGAAACACCAUCCUGGGAAGAGAUGCCUUCAGAGAAAUCUCCAGUCACUCAUCAGUGACCGCUGAAUGCUCCAAGCAGCAGGAAAGGGUGUUUAAGAAGAUGGUCUCUGUGGUCGACACUCCCGGCCUCUUUGACACGUUCCUGCCUGAAGACGUUGUGAAGAGGGAGAUCUCCAAAUGCAUCAACAUGUCGGCCCCGGGGCCCCACGCCAUCCUGCUGGUCAUCAAGGUUGGACGCUUCACAGCAGAGGAAAGAGACGCUGUGAAGAAGGUGGAGGAGAUCUUUGGAGAGGAUGCCUGGAGGUACGCCAUCAUCCUCUUCACUCACGGAGAUGUAGUUGAGUCAGACUUUGAUGAGACCUUGGAGGAGGCAGGACCUGAGCUGAAGGAGGUCCUGAAGAAGGCUGGAAACAGAUACCACCUCUUCAACAAUCUCAAAACCAACGAUCGACGCCAAGUCCUGAAUCUGCUGGAGAAGGUGGACAAGAUGGUGGCCGACAAUGGAGGAGAGUUUUACUCCAACUACACCUACCUGGAAGUUGAGGAAAUGCUGAAACGGAGAGAGUCAGAGCUCAGAAAGUUCUUCAAGAAGAAGCUGGAGGAGGAAGUUAAAGCUGUGGAGUCAGAGUACAAGAAGAAGCUGAUGGAGGCUCAGGAGGAGAAACAGCAGGUGGAGGAACGGAUGCAGUCUGAGCUGGAAGAGUUGAGGAGGUAUUACCACAUGUUAGAGAGCGGAGUCCGUCAGGUUGUGGAGCAGGUGGCCAAAGACGACUCCUUUGAUGAAAUCCUCACCAAGUUCCACCACACUCUGAAACUGAACUGA